AUGCUCCGGUCCGGCAGCCACCAGGCCAGCAAGGCCUUCAAGGCCGUGGCACAGUCACAAUCUCGACGGUCCUUCACCACAUCAGAUGCCCUGGCCGUGGCCUCAAGACGGAGGAAGGUCCAUUCCACAGCUAGGAAUAACGCAACUGUCUCAGCAACACAAACCACAGCUCCUGAUGUCCGUUCAAAGCCAAGUCCCUCCUUCAACACCCUAUCAAGAAAUCAUGUCGAGCCCCUCGCCGACAAACCAGCCGACAUGGACGAAUCGUUCAUUGGCAAGACCGGAGGAGAAAUCUUCCACGAGAUGAUGUUGAGGCAAAAAGUCGAACACAUCUUUGGCUACCCCGGCGGUGCUAUCCUUCCCGUUUUCGACGCCAUCUACAACUCGAAACACUUCGAUUUCAUCCUUCCAAAACAUGAGCAGGGAGCUGGGCACAUGGCCGAGGGAUAUGCUCGCGCCUCAGGCAAGCCAGGUGUUGUCCUGGUGACCUCUGGUCCUGGCGCAACGAAUGUUGUCACGCCCAUGGCCGAUGCUCUUGCUGACGGUAUACCCCUGGUUGUCUUCACUGGGCAGGUCCCUACCAGCGCCAUCGGUAGUGACGCUUUCCAAGAGGCUGAUGUCAUUGGUAUCUCGAGGGCUUGCACGAAGUGGAAUGUCAUGGUCAAGAGUGUGGCCGAAUUGCCCCGGAGGAUCAACGAGGCCUUCGAGAUCGCCACCAGUGGGAGGCCUGGACCCGUUCUUGUCGAUCUGCCUAAGGAUAUCACUGCAGGUGUUUUGAGGAGAGCUAUCCCCACCGAAUCUGCCCUGCCGUUCCUUCCGAGUGCGGCCUCGCAGGCCAUGGCAGAGCUUAGCAAGAAGCAGCUGCAAGCCUCCAUCCGACGUGUUGCCGACCUGAUCAACAUCGCCAAGAAGCCCGUCAUCUACGCUGGCAACGGUGUCAUCUGCUCCGAGAAUGGUCCUGAGAAGCUGAGGGCUCUGGCUGAGAAGGCCUCGAUCCCUGUCACCACCACUCUCCAGGGCAUGGGUGCCUUUGAUGAGCUGGAUGAGAAAUCCCUCCACAUGCUCGGCAUGCACGGCUCAGCAUACGCCAAUAUGUCCAUGCAAGAGGCUGAUUUGAUCAUAGCCCUGGGAGGGCGCUUUGACGACCGUGUUACUUUGAGUGUCCCUGGCUUCGCUCCUGGUGCCAAGGCUGCCGCCGCCGAGGGCCGUGGCGGUAUUGUCCAGUUCGAAAUCAUGCCCAAGAACAUCAACAAGGUCAUCCAGGCCACAGAGGCUGUUGAGGGCGAUGUGGCUACCAACCUGGACGUGCUGCUGCCAAUGGUUGAGUCCAAGACCAUGGAGGACCGCAAAGAAUGGUUUGGUAAGAUCAAAGCGUGGAAGGACAAGUGGCCCAUGAACGACUUUGAGAGGGCUGGAGAUUCUGGCCGCAUCAAGCCCCAGGAGAUGAUCGAGCAGCUUUCUGAGCUCUGCAAGGAUCGGAAAGAGAGCACAUACAUCGCCACUGGAGUUGGACAGCACCAGAUGUGGACCGCACAACAUUUCCGCUGGAGGCACCCGCGCACUCUGAUCACCUCAGGUGGCCUGGGCACCAUGGGUUUCGGUCUGCCUGCAGCCAUCGGAGCCAAGGUUGCGAAACCCGACUCCCUUGUUAUCGAUAUUGACGGAGAUGCCUCCUUCUGCAUGACCCUGACUGAACUGAGCACUGCUAAGCAGUUCAACAUUGGCGUCAAGGUGAUCAUCCUGAACAACGAGGAGCAGGGCAUGGUUACGCAGUGGCAAAACCUGUUCUACCAGGACCGGUACAGCCACACCCACCAGAAGAACCCCGAUUUCAUGAAGCUCGCGGAUGCGAUGGGUCUCGCUCACAGACGUGUCUCCAAGCCUGAGGAGGUCGUCGACUGCCUGAAAUGGCUGAUCGAUACGGACGGCCCGGCCGUCUUGGAGGUUAUCACGGACAAGAAGGUGCCUGUCCUGCCCAUGGUGCCUGCAGGUCAUGCCCUGCAUGAGUUUAUCACUUGGGAUGCUGCUAAGGACAAGAACACCAUCGAUGAGAAGCACGUCACAAUGUUGCUUCCCCAGAAGCAGUCCUGGGCCAAGACGUGA